CAAACAACGGUUGCUUUGCACUCAGUAUCGGUGUAACUAAGAUCAGUGAAGGCCGACUCUUUGACGCACAAAAUCUCAAAGUUCACCGCGACCGUAAAGGAGCUUUUAGCUACCACCUUGAAAACAUUUUAGGACAUUUUUCAAACGUUUGAUGUGAUUGUUAGGAAUUAUUUUGUGAGACAUUGUGUGAUAGUACUAACAUUGAUCAGCUGUUCAGAGUACAAAAGUAAAGAAGGAGAUACAACUAUGUGAUUUUUUUGCAUCCUAGUGAAAACUCGCAAUUUUAAGUGAAAUAUUAAAACGCGAUGAAAAGAAUAUAAUUAUGCCGGGAGUUUCAGGCAAUGUGUCGGGAGACAGUCCGGACGAAUUCUGUUCGUCGGACGAGGUUAAAGUGUUCAAGGAUGAGGGGGAGGACGAGCAAGAACAGAAUGCCUCCGAAUGCCUCCAAGCCGAGCUUUUGGAGGAGAAAAGCAGUCUUAUUACAGAAUCGGAACAGGGACCGGGGUCCAAUCCCUGGCUUGAUCACAACAUAUUCAGGCAUUUUCAAGGCAAAUCAGAGCUAAGAAGAGAACUAGGGCAUACGUUAGGUAAAAUAUCUUUCCAAUUUCUACCCAUCUGUACUUCUAUUAACCUUCUAUCUAUCCAAUUUCUACCUUCUAUGCUCUUAUUUAUCCAUCUAUAUCCAAUUUCUACCGAUCUAUACAUAUAUUUAUCCAUCUAUCUAUCCAAUUUCUACCAUCUAUAUAUCUAUUUAUCCAUCUAG